ACAGGAGUUUUGAAGCGUCAGAGAAAAAAGUUCGGCGUAUUAUCUAUCAGAGGCUCAGAUUUGUUCCUCUCUGCUCUACAACGACAUUUAAGUAUAAAAAUAUUUUAAUAUCCGAUCUGUGUUUCUUCGUGAAAAAUUAAAAUAAAGACUUGACUGACUAUGGCGAAUACACUGUGCGAACGAAAUAGCUCUAAAAGAAUGUCAUACAUUGAUUGGGACGAAUAUUUCAUGGCUAUUGCGUUCCUUUCUGCAAAACGGAGCAAAGAUCCCAUUACCCAGGUCGGUGCGUGUAUUGUAAAUAAUGACAAGAAAAUCGUUGGUAUCGGGUACAAUGGAAUGCCUACGGGAUGCAGUGACGACGAAUUUCCUUGGAAUAAGGGUCCCCACACUAACUUAGAUGCAAAAUAUCUUUAUGUGUGUCAUGCGGAAAUGAAUGCAAUUAUGAACAAAAAUUCAAGCAACGUUAAAGACUGCACAAUAUACGUUGCAUUAUUCCCGUGCAACGAGUGCGCAAAAGUAAUAAUACAGUCCGGCAUAAAAACCGUGAUAUACAUGUCCGAUAAAUACGUUCAUAAAGUCGAAACAAUAGCUGCAAAAAAAAUGUUUGAUGCUGCAGGUGUAAAGUAUAGGCCAUACAUCCCAAAAAAUCAAAAAAUAGAAAUUAAUUUCAGCGAUAUUGAUUGGACCGAGAUGAACCAAUUACCGCAAACUCCGAUAAAAUCAGAAAAUUAAAAAAAAAA